AUGAGUGCAACUAUCAAACUCGAGAAGACUGACAGGAGAGACACUCUUGUCGAGAUCGAGAAAAAAUAUCAGAAAUACUGGAAUGAUAACAAGUUCUUUGAAGUCGAUGCUCCAACCAUCGACGAAGACCCAGAAGAUGAUCCAGACAAGUUAAGAGAGAAAUACCCAAAAUUCUACUGUACCAUGGCUUAUCCCUACAUGAACGGUGUUUUGCACGCUGGUCACAGUUUUACAUUGUCAAAAGUGGAAUUUGCAACUGGAUUUGAGAGAAUGACUGGCAAGAGAGCUCUCUUCCCAUUGGGUUUCCACUGUACUGGUAUGCCCAUCAAGGCUGCUGCCGACAAGAUUAAAAGAGAGGUGGAGCAAUUUGGUGCUGACUUCUCUGGUGCUCCUGCCGACGAUGAAGAGGAAGAGGAGGAGGCUCCAAAGGAGGCCAGCCAGAACGCAGACCCAACCAAGUUCAAAGCGAAGAAGUCUAAGGCUGUUGCCAAGCAGGGUAGAGGUAAGUAUCAGUUUGAAAUUAUGUUGCAAUUGGGUCUUUCCAAAGAAGAAGUUGCUGCUUUCGCAGACCCUCAGCACUGGCUCCAUUAUUUCCCUGCUCUUGUGGAGAGAGACGUGAACAAUUUUGGUGGUAGAGUGGACUGGAGAAGAUCGUUUGUCACCACUCCUGCCAAUCCUUACUACGAUGCUUUUGUCCGCUGGCAAAUCAAUAGAUUGAAAGAUUGUGGCAAGAUCAAGUUUGGUGAAAGAUACACCAUUUACUCCGAGAAGGAUGGCCAGGCAUGCUUGGACCACGACAGACUGAGCGGUGAAGGUGUCAACCCUCAGGAAUACGUGGGUAUCAAGAUUCCCGUAGAUGAGUUUCAGCCUGAGGCCAAGAAGGUUUUCCAGGAAAACAACUUCGAUUACACCAAAAACAAAGUCUAUUUGGUUGCCGCGACUUUGAGACCUGAGACGAUGUAUGGCCAAACCUGUUGUUUCGUUUCUCCAAAAAUUAACUACGGUAUUUUCAAGGCGAGCGAGGGUGUAUACUAUAUCACCACAGAGAGAGCCUUCAAGAACAUGUCGUUUCAGAAAUUAACUCCUACCAGAGGCGACUACAGAGCCACCUUGCACAUCAAUGGUGCUGCUCUUGUUGGCUCCAAGAUCUCUCCUCCAUUGACCCAACUCAAAAACCUUCAUGUCCUCCCCAUGGAGACUAUUUUGCCCAAUAAGGGUACUGGUGUAGUGACUUGUGUUCCUUCUGAUUCUCCGGAUGAUUACAUCACCACCAAAGAGUUGGCGAACAAGGCUGAGUUCUACAAAAUCCAGAAGGAUUGGGUGAACACUGAGAUUGUUCCUAUUGUGAAGACUGAGAAGUAUGGUGACAAGUGUGCUGAGUACUUGUGCAAAGAGUUGAAGAUUCAGUCUCCAAAAGACUCCGUUCAAUUGGCCAAGGCUAAGGAAUUGGCUUACAAGGAGGGUUUCUACAACGGUAUCAUGGUCGUCGGCAAGUAUGCUGGUGAGAAGGUUGAAAACGCUAAGCCCAAGGUCAGAGCUGACUUGAUUGCUUCUGGUGAUGCUUUUGUUUACAACGAACCAGAAGGACAGGUUAUUUCCAGAUCUGGUGACGAAUGUUGCGUGUCCUUGGAAGAUCAAUGGUACAUUGACUAUGGUGAGGAGACUUGGAAAAAUCAGGCAUUGGAGUGCUUAGAGCACAUGGAAACCUACUCGAAGGAAACUAGACACGGCUUUGAGGGUGUGUUGGACUGGUUGAAGAACUGGGCUCUUACUAGAACUUACGGUUUGGGUACCAAGUGUCCAUGGGACCAUUCCCAAUUGAUCGAAUCCUUGUCAGACUCUACUGUUUACAUGGCUUACUAUACUAUCGCUCGUUUCUUGCAUUCCGAUUACUACGGUGAAAAGCCCGGUAAGUUUGCAAUCAAGCCUGAGCAGAUGACUGACGAGGUUUUCGACUUCAUCUUCACUAGAAGAGAGAAUAUCGAGACCUCUAUCCCUGCUAAUCAGUUAAAGGCCCUCAGAAGAGAGUUCGAGUACUUCUACCCAUUGGACUCUAGAGUUAGUGGUAAGGACUUGAUUCCAAACCACUUAACUUUCUUCAUCUACUGUCACACUGCACUCUUCCCAAAGAAGUUCUGGCCAAGAGGUGUUAGAGCCAACGGUCACUUGAUGUUGAAUAACGCCAAGAUGUCCAAGUCUACCGGUAACUUCUUGACUUUGCAACAAAUUGUAGAGAAGUUUGGUGCAGACGCAUCCAGAAUUGCCUUGGCUGAUGCUGGUGACACGGUCGAAGACGCUAACUUUGAUGAGGCCAAUGCCAACGCUGCUAUUUUGCGUUUGACCACUUUGAAGGAAUGGUGUGAAGAGAUCAAGGCCAAUCAGGACUCCUUGAGAACUGGUCAAAAGGACUCGUUUUUUGACAAGGCAUUUGACAACGAAAUGAACUACUUGAUUGAACAGGCGUACGAACAGUAUGGGUUGACUAACUACAAGGCCGCUCUCAAGUUUGGUUUGUUUGACUUUCAAACCUCUAGGGACUACUACAGAGAUUCGGUUUCUGGCUUUGGCAUGCACAAGGACCUAGUCUUCAAGUACAUUGAGAGCCAAGCUUUGUUGCUUGCGCCGGUUGCUCCCCACUUUUCUGAGUUCCUUUAUAAGGAGAUUUUGGAGAAGGAUGGUUCCGUCCAGAACUGUAAGUUCCCCAGAGCCUCUGAGCCAGUGUCUCAAGGUUUGUUGGACUCUCUAGAAUACGUCAAGGAGUUAGCCAGAGCUGUUCGUGAUGCUGAAACCACGGUUUUGAAAUCUAAAAAGGGUAAGGCCGAAGUUGAUGCAACCAAGCCAGCUUCUUUGACAUUGCUCAUUUCCACAUCGUUCCCAGACUGGCAGGAACAAUACAUUGACUUUGUGAGACAACUCUUCGAGAGCAACUCUUUAAAUGACAACAAGUUGAUCAAGGAGAAGGUCGGCAAGGACAUGAAGAGAGCCAUGCCUUUCAUUCAAUUCUUGAAGCAGAGAUUAGUGAAAGAGGAUCCCAAGACUGUGUUCAACCGUGAGUUGACGUUUAACGAGGGUGAGUUGGUGAAGCAAGUGUUGCCCAACAUUCAGAAAUCCAGCACCACUAUUAAGAUUGACCAAGUGAAGGUGAUCACCUUUCCACAUGGCGAGAAGAAGGGUACUGACAUUCUUAGUGGAGAAGAGGUUGAAAUUACUGCUACUGGCAAAGUGGUAGAUGCUGCUGUUCCAGGACAGCCGGGCAUCUUGAUCAAGAACGUUGAAUAA